GCGUUUUAACAGGCUGCUUGGAGACGCGUCACGGUCUAGUAAAUGUCCCAAUGCAAGUAGACAGGGUAGAGCUCCGAUAGGAUGAACUGGUUGUAGACCAUUGACGGAACACGCGCGCCUCGUGUCUGGGUUUCAACAGAGGCGGCAUCCUAGUCAGAGAGUCGCGGGAAGAGGAGCCGAGCAGGGAACGCGCGAGACCACAUCUAGGCGGGAAGCGUGUUCCUUCGUAUAGAAAACACCAUAAGGAAGGACAAUCGUAACAAUGUCAAGUUUAAAGAAACGAAAUUCGAGCUCCUCGGCUGACAGAGAGGAGGACAAACAAGCCACGGAGAGGAUGCUCUCCCCGGGCACAGGCAAAGAGAACGGAGAGCCGAGCCCCGGCGGUGGGGAGACCAUACAGGAAGAAGGGAAAGAUGGUGUGGUGCUGAAAAGGACCAUCACUCUGGUCAAUGGCAUCGCCAUCAUCGUGGGCACCAUCAUUGGCUCGGGCAUCUUUGUCACCCCGACCGGCGUGGUCAGGGAAGCCGGCUCCGUCGGCCUAUCGCUGGUGGUGUGGACAGUGUGCGGGGUUUUCUCCACCGUAGGGGCUCUGUGCUACGCCGAACUUGGGACCACCAUCACCAAGUCCGGCGGGGACUAUGCGUACAUCCUCGAGGUGUACGGCUCGCUGCUGGCGUUCCUCAAACUCUGGAUCGAGUUGCUCAUCAUUCGCCCUUCCUCGCAGUACAUCGUGGCUUACGUGUUCGCCACCUACCUGCUCAAGCCCAUAUUCCCCGACUGCCCGGUGCCGGAGAACGGGGCCAAGUUGGUGGCAUGUUUGUGCAUUUUGAUCCUGACCUUUGUGAACUGCUACAGUGUGAAGGCGGCCACGCGGGUGCAGGACUUCUUCGCGGCCGCCAAGCUGCUGGCCCUGGGCAUGAUCAUCAUCAUUGGCUUUGUGCAGAUUGGGAAAGGAGAUACAGUCGGCCUGCUUCCAGAAAACUCCUUUGAGGGCUCCAACUAUGACUUUGGCAACAUCGGUCUUGCUCUCUACAGCGGACUGUUUGCAUACGGUGGCUGGAACUACCUGAACUUUGUUACAGAGGAGAUGAUCGACCCUUACAGGAAUCUCCCUCUGGCCAUCAUCAUCUCUCUACCCAUCGUCACCGUGGUGUACGUCCUCACCAACCUGGCCUACUUCACCACCCUCACCCCUGAACAGAUGCUUGUUUCGGAGGCUGUGGCAGUGGACUUUGGAAAUUUCCACUUGGGUCCGAUGGCGUGGAUCAUCCCGGUGUUCGUUGGCCUGUCCUGCUUCGGAUCAGUCAAUGGCUCUUUGUUCACCUCUUCCAGGUUGUUCUUCGUUGGUUCCAGGGAAGGUCACCUGCCCAGCCUGCUGUCCAUGAUCCACCCCACACUGCUGACACCUCUGCCCUCCCUCAUCUUCACCUGUGCCAUGACCCUCCUCUACGCCUUCUCCAAUGACAUCUUCUCCGUCAUCAACUUCUUCAGCUUCUUCAACUGGCUCUGCAUCGCCAUGGCGAUCGUGGGAAUGAUGUGGCUGCGCUACAAGAAGCCUGAGCUGGAGAGGCCGAUCAAGGUGAACAUCCUGCUGCCUAUCAGCUUCGUGCUGGCGUGCCUCUUCCUCAUCGUGGUGUCCAUCUGGAAGACGCCCAAGGAGUGCGCCAUCGGCUUCGGCAUCAUCGCCACUGGCGUGCCUGUCUACUUCUUCGGCGUCUGGUGGAAGACCAAGCCCAAGUGGCUCCUGCAGGGCAUAUUCGAGACGACCGCGCUGUGUCAGAAGAUGAUGGAGGUGGUCCCCCAGUCCUAGAGUGGACUCCCUCCGCCCAGAUCGGCCAUGAUGUCACCGUCGGUGUAUCAUGGCUCUCCCAAAACGGAUGCGGACUGAUAUCUGUGGAACCUUUUUUCGGACGAUGCACACACCCCCCACACACACACACACACACAAACACCCACACACACACAGACACACACGCACACGCACACAACACACCCUAUCUGUGCGGUUGAGAUAAGGACAGGAAGGUUUCGACACUCUGAGCAGCAGAGCAGUAUUCAAAAUGUGUUAUUUUUGCGCUAGGAAUUUGCUGCUGUCGGUGUGGCCUUAUUUCGUAGUCUUUUUUUUCUACAUGUUUUCGUCUGCAACUAACAUAAGAAGGAGUAGUCGAUGAGGAGGAGUAAUUUAAUGUUUGUGGUGUGUCAUAUUUCAGUGAAUAACGUUUUUAUAGUGCAUUCUGUCGUGCAGUUAUUGUCUAAUUUAGAAUGUCCUCCAUUCCCAUCAAACCCUGUUCAGAGCGCAGUGCCUUUCUGGGCCAACACAAGCCUGUUUGACUUGUUCAGUAGCUAUGUCGCAGUCCACUGGAAACCUGGCCCCCACUAGGCCACUUUGCAAGCCUGAGCACAGACUUUCUUUACUUUUUCUUUGUUCGGUUCACACUCAGGAUCUCUUUUAGUCUCCUAUCAAUUCAAACACUCAUCCAGUGUAGUUUACGAUGAGUCUGGCUGCCAGACCGCAAGAGAGUACUGGUUUCUGCCCAGUACCACGCCCUGAGAACCAUUUGAACUAGUUUCCUCCUUGUGGUGGGUAUUCAAUUUCCUCGGAUCACUCUUGCAGAGAGCAAUCUGCUUUGUUGCGCAACAUAGUUUUGCAGCAUACCGAUGCAUUUCAGAGAGAGCCCCCUGAAACAACCACACUGGCCUCACACGAGGCUUAGCUGGCACUGGCACACACAAUCUGUGUCUCCAAUCCAACCAACAACCACCAGAAAAGGUGGCUUGCAGAAGAGGCGUUGGUGUACGAAAUAUGUCUUAACAAGCCUGCCAUGUCGCAGUGACUCACCAUGUGCCCCCUAUAGGCCAGAUUCAGUGUUUCGGUUGGAAUAGCGACAAAGGGAUCCAACACCAGACUCUCACCUGCAUUCGGUCGUUCAUUCAGGCAACCUGCUAUAGACCACAGCAAUGUGAUCAACCUGCUUGAAGGAAUCAUCGUUUUUCUCGAUGAUUGUGCUUGUAUUUGUGUGUGUGUGUGUGUGUGUGUGUGUGUGUGUGUGUGUGUGUGUGUGUGUGUGUGUGUGUGUGUGUGUGUGUGUUUGUGUGUGUGUGUGUGUGUGUGUGUGUGUGUGUGUGUGUGACAAAGUGAUCACGUGUUUGACAUGUGUUUGACAUGUGUUUGUCUGUCUAAUCGGUAUGUAUGCCCAGAUGUAGCCUUCUCUUGAUGUGUUGAACUCUUGGAUGCCACGAGUGUCUAUAAGUCAGAGUGUGUAUAAUUCUAAAGGAUGAGAUUCUGUGUUUGUUACGGAUUGAGCGUCAACGAAGCAUCUCUGCUUAGCACAUUGGUGUAGUUAUGUUCAAUAUUCUUAAUUCACACGUGAUACGGUUUUGAUGCAUGGAAGAUGUAUUUGGCGUUGGUGGUUUUAGGGAAAGAACAGACGGCCGGACAGAAAAGAUGAUGCCCACUAGCUUCACCAUGUACGACACGAAGGAACGGAGACGACAAAAAGGAACGGAGACGACAGGAUGCAGAAUAGAUGUUUUGAGGGCAGAAGUGGAGAAAGUGUAGAAAGAUGCACAUUAGGACUAAAACGAAUUAUAGAAAUGUUUUCAUUGUUCCAUUUCUGCUCUGAAAGUGUGGAAUACCUUUUCUUUCUUUUUCAUGUUUUUCUGUUAGUUUUUUUCUAUUAAGUUUAUUGUCACAUACUUACUGCUAGUUACGGACCAAAACCUAAAGAUCUCCAUAGUGGAGUCGGAUGAGAACGGAUAUCCCAUCCAUUAACCAGGGUAGGCUAGAUGUGUGUUUAUCAGUAGCCGCCACUAACAAUCCAGAAUCCACAGUAAAGUACAGUAACUCGUAGGACUGUAGCGUUUAUUUAUUUAUUCCUAGGAAUGUUUUAUGUAUUUUUAAUCCCGUUACAGUUUUACAGGGCAUUUUGUGCAAAGUGCUCAUAAAAUAAACCUGCUUUUUUUUUUAA